ACGCAGCAGUCACCGGGAAGAGCUGUGGCCAAGGUGCCACUGAGCCACGUGCCAUCUCACAUGUGGUACUUUGGUAGUCUACUCACAAUGCUCACAGGCUCCUCAAGUCUCCCUGCAACGCAGCCCUCCCAAGGGUGUUGCCUACAAAUGGCCUGAACUCAUUUCUAUUAUUCAGUUCAAUAAGGGAUCCCCAGACCCAACUGCUGAAAAUCGUAAUUAGCGCACUUAGUGCCCACACAGGACUGGCUGAGGGGGCCUCGCGCGCAGGCCCCGGAGGGGAGGCGGGGCCAGGGAUGAGUGGCCGUGUCCCUCUGGCAGAGAAAGCGCUGUCUGAAGGCCACGCCCGGCAGCGGUACAGGGACACCUCCCUGUUCAUCUGGCAACGGCAGCAGCUGAAGCUGGAGUCUGCGCCCCCCGGGACGUACCUGAGCAGGAGCCGGAGUGCGUGGUACUCACAGUACGGAAACGAGGCCAUCCUAGUCCGGGACAGAAACAAGCUUGGGGUCUCGCGGGACACGGGCCAGUCCAAGUUCUGCACAAUUAUGUAAUUCCAGCAUGAAAACCACAGGCCAGGCGCUGCGCGGAAUACGACUGUUUCAUUCAGCUUUCCUGUUGAUUCUGGUCCAUUCUGGGAGAUUCUGCACAGGGAAUGUGAACAGGCUGUGGGGUGGGAACCAAAGAUUCUGACGACGGCUCCCCAGCCCCGUCGCACGGCUUGGCCUCUGGAUUCUGUCCCGCCAGGCCCCACAGGCACAGCCCAGCUGGGCACCGCCAGAUGCUGCUUCUCUGUUCUCCCAAGCAAGCGAGAGAGACACCCAUACAAACAACCAUUUCAAGUGUUUGUAGGGGUUGUUUUUAGUAUUCACUUCUGCCCCGUAAAGAAUGAGUCAGAUCUUGAAAAAGGUGAAGAGAUUGGCAGCAUGUAUUUUUAAAAGUCCAUGUGCAGGACCGGGAUGGAUUUAAUCUAAAUGGCGGCGGCCGCGGCUCUGCGACAGGAACCUCCUGCCCCUGCACUUCCUGUCUGCUGACCAAAAUGAUCCUCGACUAGUGCAUCGCGGUGGCUUCUUCACUGGCUUCCAAAUACAUGAAGGCUUGUGGGCCAGUGCACCCAAAAAACAUUAAGGAAACCAAAAAUUAAGUUCUACAGUUGUUCAGUCAGUUCAGAUUUAGUCACGUGGCUGAAAUGCGCAGGUGCUCAGCUGGCAUUUCAGCCGCGCUCUGCUCCACGGCCGCCGCAGCUCCCCGUACCCGUGUGCCCGAGGCAUGUUGGUCAGUACUGCACACAGGCAGCCCCAGCCCUCCUGGAGGCAGUUUUUAGGAGUCAUUUUAUUUGCUGUCUGCUUUAUAUAAAGCCUGUGUGGCUGUGCAAACGUG